AUGGCGGCGGCGGCGCCGGGCGGGGCGGGGGGGGCGCGCAGGCGCAAGUGGGCGGCGGGCCGCGCGCGCGGGGCCGCCAUGGCGCCGUCGGUGCCGCUGCUGUGGGUGCUGCUGCCGGGGCUGGCGGCGCUGGAGCCGCUCAGCGUGGGCCUGGCCAUCGGCGUGGCCUCCGCCCUCACCGGGUACCUGUCGCACCCCAGGUUCUACUGCAGCUACGUGGAGUGCUGCCCCCGCGACGGGCAGCGCCUCAACGCCACCGCGCUGAAGGCGCAGCUGGACAGCAGGCUCUUCGGGCAGCACCUGGCCAAGGACGUGGUGCUGAAAGCGGUGCUGGGCUUCAGCAACAACCCGAGCCCCAAGAAGCCGCUGAUGCUGUCGCUGCACGGCUGGGCCGGCACCGGCAAGAACUUCCUCAGCCAGAUCCUGGCGGAGAACGUCCACCCCGCGGGACUCCGCAGCAAGUUCGUCCAUCUCUUCCUGGCCACCUUGCACUUCCCCCACCACGACCAGGUCAAGCUCUACAAGGAACAGCUGCAGAACUGGAUUCGGGGCAAUGUCAGUGCCUGCCCCUCCUCUGUCUUCAUUUUUGAUGAGAUGGACAAAAUGCAUCCAGGUGUCAUUGAUGCCAUCAAGCCAUUCCUGGACUAUUACGAGGAGGUGGAUGGGGUGUCCUACAGGAAAGCCAUCUUCAUCUUCCUCAGCAAUGCAGGUGGUGACUUAAUUAAUAAAGCAGCUCUCGACUUCUGGACAAGUGGAAAGCGCAGGGAGGAUAUUCAGCUGAAAGACCUGGAGCCCUUGCUUUCUGUAGGAGUCUUCAACAACAAGAAUAGUGGACUGUGGCACAGCAGCAUCAUCGACAGGAACCUCAUCGACUACUUUGUGCCCUUCCUGCCCCUGGAGCACAGGCACGUGAAGAUGUGUGUCAGGGCUGAGAUGGCCGCCCGGGGCUACGCCGUGGAUGAGGACAUUGUUCAGGCAGUGGCUGAUGAGAUGACAUACUUCCCCAAGGAGCAGAAAAUCUACUCUGAUAAAGGCUGCAAGACUGUACAGGCCAAGCUAGAUAUUCAUGAAGACCUUGUGAUGGGAGAUAUGAGAGCCGGGGGUUGAUUUCUCCUCCCUUCAAGUUUCCAAAAGCACUUUCAGAGCUUUUGGAAAUCUGUGUAUUUGCACUUAUGCUUUUUUACUGUUGCAGGGAGUAUGGUGAAAAUACCAGAGUGAGCUCUGUGGGCUUUGUAGCUUUUUUGUGUGUUUUUGGUUUUGUUUUUUUUUUUUAACUUAACAUAGAAUCAUAGAAUUGUUUGGGUUGAAAGGGUCCUUAAAGAUUAUCUUGUUCCACUCUCUGCUAUGGGCAAGGACACCUUCCACUAGAUCAGGUCACUCAAAGCCCCAUCCAACCUGGCCUUGAACCACUGUUCAUCUCUGAACAAUCCAAAUAUUACCCCUUUAGUUUUCUUUUAAUCUGUAGAGAAUUUCUGAGUGUGACACACACACUGCACUGGAUAGAGUCUCUGCUGCUUUAUUCUUCCAAGUGCUGGGAUUAUUAAGUAUUUAAUUCCUUAUUCCACAAAAACUAGACUAGAGCAAAGGAGAACAGGGAAAUUCUUCCAAGCAUUCAUAUUCCCUUCCAUGUAUACGGUCCUUUCAUGUUCAUAGUGAAAUGGAGGGAUGUGUGAUGUGUUCAGGACUAUGAUCAUGUCUGCAAGGGUGAACUCCUCAAUGCACUAAGAAGAUGAUAUGGUGGAAGUCUUCUUGUCCUUCCAGUAGAUUGAUGCUGUUGUGGUUUCUACAAAUAAGCAUUUCAGGGAUAGAAGGGCACGAAUACAGGGAAAGGCUGAGCUGUGGCAUUAUCCCAAAUAUCCUGCUACAGAAAUAAUGAGUCAUAAUGACCUCCAGCAAAUCUGUUAUUAAAUAAUAGAGGGUGUGGGGAAGGGAAGUAACUGCCCCAUGUUUCUUUGGGGAGAAAGAAAUUAUUAGAGAAACUUUAUAUUCUUUAAGGGAUGUAAGUGAAUUUGUGACUCCAGGUCUUCCUAAGCAGAGGGACCCAUCUGAGGGAUCUGUUACAACAUACUAGGCCAGUCUCCUGUUCUUAAUCAGAAAAAUCUCUCAUGAGGAUUUGACUGUUACAGCUUGCCAGGUUAAUCUGCACAUUGGCUCCUGGGCUGAAUCUGUAACAUCUUUAGUUGUCCCUCUGAGCUGCACCCACUGGUUGAGGUGUAGAUAAUGCUACUCUCACCUUACUUGGAAGACAGUUUGAUGGAAGAAAUUAUUUUUCAUAGUGUAUUUUUAUGCUGAAGUCUAAGCAACAGUCCCCUACCUCACUAGUUAAGUAUGUUUUAUAGUGGCUUUUGACAUUAAAGAAUGCCUAUGUGAAAGGGUGAGUGAUGAGUUAAGAAGCUGGGAAAGAUCAAUUUAACCUUCACCCACUGGGAAGGCUGGGGUUUAAAACUCUGCUGCAAGCUUUAACUCCUUCAUCACCCAUCAUUUGUGGAUCAGAGAGUGUAGUGCAAGACAGAAGUGCCUUUCACUUGGUUGAUUGUACUGUGGCUUUUAAAUUGGUACAAAGGAUUGGGUAUUUUUGUACUGCAGCAUCUACUCCCUCACUUGUACUUAAACUUCCUUUAAGAGGUGAUGCAAAAUUACAGGUCUCAUCGCAAUUGUGUUAAUUCAAAUCACAGCAGAGAGCUUAGCAUUUAUGUUAAGCCCUAACUGAAAAGUGUCAAUUGCCUUUUACAAGCCCACAUGGAGUUUGUGGAAUGCUGGCAAACUGUUCCCACUGAUGCAAUCUCCAGAGCCAAACUAGCGGGCCAUUAACCUUGGGACAUUGGACUGUCACUUUCCAGUGUGAUGUUUUGCCUGUUAAUUGACUUACUCAUAGUUGUAUAUGCUGCAUCCAGUUUCACUUACUCCAUAAAAUACUUGUGCCAUGUCAAAACACUAACUACUGUACAGCAGUUGGAAUAAAUCUUAAGUUACUUUUC